UACUCAUUUACCCUAAAGCUAACAAAAAUAAGCCUUUGUGAUUAGCAGAUUUUGUUUCCUGCACACUUGCUUUGCGCAUAAUAAUUCAUAUUCAAAUAACUUUGGUCAUAGCUAGUUCCACGAGAAUUCAAUGUUAUUUCGCCUAAAACAGUUUUCUGAGAGAAACAGUUCAAAAGGAUUUAUUACGCAGUAGAUCGAAGUUGACUUCUAUAUCAGAUAUUUCCUGCCACUUUCCAAUAUGUUUAUGAUCUGGUAUCCAUGGUAAUGCAAUCUGUUUCUGACAGGCGAUUAUCAUGACGACUACGAGACAGUUAUUAUCGUUGCGACGCAUGUCUGAAGAAUUGGAAAAGUUAGAGAAUAAAAGUCAACAGAAACUUAUACAACGUAGGCACUCGACAAUAUCUUAUGAAUCUUCAAGCACUGAGUGUUCGGAGCAAUUUGAAACAGUUUUUCGAGACUCUGUAAAUGUUAAACAUAAAGUACGAUUAGAUAUCUGCAGUGAUGAAAAUUAUAUGCGACCUGAUGAUGGACCUGUUGAGAAUUAUGGAAAUCUUGAGUGCAACUGUUCGUCAAACAAAUGCAAAGGGCUCUCAUUACAAAUUUCAGAUUUUUUUACCAACAAAAACUUACCACCAAACGUUACCGACAUCGAUACUGGGGUUACGGACUUCACAAAUUGUGGUGAAUAUGCCCAAGACAUCAUUCAGUACUUACAGGAAAUUGAAAAGAAAUGGGUCUUAAAAGCCGACUUUCUACGCAGGCAAAGAGAAGUAAGCUGUAACAGUCGAGGAAUUCUGAUUGAUUGGAUUAUCAAUGUACAAGUUCAUCUGAAAUUCUGCGAAGAAACUUUAAUGCUCACAGUGAAGCUCAUAGAUGUAUUUUUAGCUGUCCAAAAUACACCCCUGGAUAAAUUACAACUUCUUGGAAUUGCAUGUCUUUUUCUUGCUUCCAAGUUUUACCAACAAGAUAUUUUAAAGGUCUCUCAGCUCAUUUAUCUGACAGAUAACUCUUACAGCAAACAGCAAUUGCUCUCAACAGAAUUGUUUGUUCUAGCAGUGAUGAAUUUUGAAUUAUCAAUACCAACACCAAUUGUCUUCUUGGGAAGAUUCUUACUGGCUGAAUUACAUAAGAGAGAAGUCGAGGACCUUUGUAAGUAUUUGAUGAACUUGGCCCUAGUUGAUCACGAAUUCGUGGUUUAUCGAUCUUCAGAAAUUACUGCGUCCGCUUUAUUACUUUCUCGAUAUGUUUUGAAACCUAACAUAAAAGAGGCAUGGACGCCUGGGUUAACUUAUUAUACUGGCUAUAAACGAUUUCAGUUGGAUUCCUGCGUUAAAAAAUUAGCAACGAAGCUACUUGAUGUCGAAAUAUCUGAAUAUCAGGGUCCUCGUCAUAAGUUUGCGCUACAAUCAAAAUAUGGCUGUAUAAGCCACCAUCCUGCUCUGAGUGCAACUCAACCACUCCGGAAAGCAACCAAAGGAAUGUUGACUUACUUAUGUUAGUCUAUCGCAGCAGUUGUUGGUAUUUCGUGUCUAAUACACUUUGUCAUUAAUCCUCACUGUGUAGUUGUCUGUGUGUAUAAAUUCCAGAUAUCACGGAUAAUUGUUAUGGAUCUGUUUUUGCAUGAUGCAAAAAUAUAUAAAUAAACUGUAUAUUUCAGCAUUGUUUCAGCUAAACAAGUUUUGAUGAUUUCAAUUUUUUUGCUUUAUUUUAUUUGUUAAUCAUAAUGUUUAGGUCAACAUUUUUCUCAUGACAUUUGUCUAGUUUUUAUAUAUUCA